AUGGCGUCUUGGUGUGUGGAUGAGGCGGCGUACUUGCUAGAGCCUGCAAAAAAAUGGACGGACCCAACUCUAUUUGCCGUCCGUGUCUUUGGUCAACCAGGUUCCCGUCCUAACCUUGACCGACUAAGCAGGGAUUCGACACGGAUGGGUGACUUGGUGACUUGGGGAUCAGAGAGAUGGCCUCAGCACCAGCCAGCCAGAAACCCCGAAUCCCUUGCAACACUCGAUAUGGGCUUAGUUAAAUGGCUCGGGCCCCGUUGGAGUCGACAGAGAGACAGACACAGAGCUGAACUAAAAGGAAUCACUCCAGAAGCUUAG